AACGCACAGUGGGCUGCAGUGUCGAGGUGAGGCUGCACACUCUGUGACUCUCUACUGUCUGAGGAUACACAAACAGGUGCUGGACUGUACCAGAGUUUGAGGAAAAUGUUUGACUGACUGUUCAAAAAAGGUAUUUGUCUUUUUUAAUAUGUACUUUUUCAAAGAUCCAUGCACCCUGAGAGCUGCCAGAUUAUCACGCGACAAUUUCUCGAUUUCUAGAUUGACUUGAAUUGUGUUACAAAGGGCUCUGGAAAUUUAUCUUAAUGAGAAUCAUGAGCAGUGAGCUAAAUGAGAAUUAUAUGCAGAUCAGUGCAAUACCGGUCUGUUUAAUUCAAUGAUGCAAAAAGCUGACAAUGCGUUAAAAGAUAAGUGCUGGUCUCUCCUUAAAAAAUUAAGAGAAGGUGUCUCUCAGCUAAUUCUAGUAUGGUCAGGAGGUCCAAAAUCUAAAAGGCUAUUUCAAUAUAUAUUGAGCAAGCUUUUCCCAUUUCUUCCAGAGGUAUUGAAUUCAAGCAGUUUUUGUUAAACAUUCGUCAUGUAUGCAGAAACAGUGUGAUUCAUUGCUUUUUUCCACAGCUAAACUGGCUUAUAAAGGAAGGACAGACUGAGCCCACUUAGCCCAAAUCAUUAUCAUUUUAAAGACAGCUGUGAUUUGUGUCCUAUCUUGUAAUUUAUAUAUAAUUAUGCGGACAGUGGUUUAUGUUGAUGAGCCAAAUCUUCAACUUAAGGGUACAAGAGACAAAAAGGUUCCCCAAGCUGCUCUGGAAUAAAUCAGCAAUCACACCCAUUUUUCUCUCUUUCUUAUUGUACCUGAUUAUAAGGAGCCAGAGUGAUGUAUAGUUGAGUAUUAACCUGGAUGAAAAAUGACAGUGUAGAAUAUCUAAGCACGUUUCAGCAGAUGCUUAGAAUGACAGUCCCCUGACAGUCUGACUCUAAUAAUGUAAUUCCAUCCAAAAAAGAUGCUAGAUGAAUGAUUUGUGAUAAAAACCCAAAAUAUAGUAAAGUCUGAAAAGAUCCAGAAAGAAACUUCAGCAUGAGUGAGAGCAGAGCCUGGCUAUCGUGGCAUAUUCUCACUGUUGUCUUCUUCAUGUUCAGUCAUGAUGUUUGAUGUAAUCUGGAUAUGGAUGAGGAGGGUCGUGUGAAGAGGAGAUGAUCAAAGUGCAUGAAGCCACAAGCUGUGAGCCUUUUAAGACUGACUGACAGUUUUGGAGGAGGUCUUUGAUAAGUCUGGCCAGCUGUGACUCACCUCUGAUUGUGAUUCAUUCAUUUAAGCUGCUGUUCCAUAAAUGAUCAAGUAUCAGGACGCAGCUGUGAUGUCUAAUAAGGCAACUUUGAUCAAAUGUGACAUGUUUUCAAUAAUCUCAUUAACAAUUGUUUGUCAUUCUGGCCUCCUCAGAAAUGGACAACUGGCAGAAGACGUCAAAUCAAUCCUGGGUCAACUCUUCUUUGCCUCCAUCCAUGCCUGACUCUUCACCCUCCUUCUCCUCCCCCUGCUGCAACUCCUCACACCCCCUCUUCCCCACCUCCCCAUUCUCAGCACCAUCCUUCUCUGGCCUGGACCUCCUGUACGACCUGAAGCCCAUCUUCCUCCCCCUGUAUUCAGCGGUGGUCUUGGUCGCCUGCUCUGGAAACCUCUUCCUGCUCUUCCUCAUCUGGCACAACAAGAAAAGACACAGCACCACCAACUUCCUCAUCAGCAAUCUAGCGCUGGUCGACCUGGUCAUGUGCAUCUUCUGCGUCCCUCUGACUGCAUCCUAUGCCUUUGACCAGCAUGGCUGGGUGUUUGGAGGUCACAUGUGUCACUUUGUCACCGUCAUGCAGUCCGCGGCGGUGUAUGCAGCCGUCCUGUCACUCAUGGCCAUUGCAGUUGAUCGAUAUGUGGUUGUGGCGUAUCCAAUCCGCAAAAGGGCAGGAUGUCACUUCUGCUGGGGUCUGGUACUCAUGAUCUGGCUCUCCUCUCUGGCUUUGUCCACACCCACAGCCCUACACACUGUGUACCUGGACCUGCGGGCUGCAGGGCUGCAGAUGGCUGUGUGUGAGGAAUUCUGGGACGGCGAGGAGCGAGGACGCCUCAUCUACUCCUGUUUCAUUCUCUUCUUCUCCUAUUUUGUCCCUUUGGCUGCCGUCUCCAUCUCCUAUUGUGCAAUAUCAUAUCACCUGAAACAGAGGACCACAUCUGGCCUGACAGCAUGUCCAGAGAUGAGAUCAGCGAGGGCUGUGUGGAGCAGGCGGAGGAGGAAGACCUUCUUCUUGCUGCUGGUGUCUGUGCUCUGUUUCGCUUUCUCCUGGCUCCCCUUACAGGUACUUAUGAAAAGAAAACACUGUCGCACAUCCUUCUGUUAGAUGCUCGAACAUCUGACCUGAUGAACUCUUCAGAGUAGAUUAAUAUCCAUUAUAAAGAACAAAUGGAAACAGAUACCUUGACCAUGAUCACUAAUUCUCUUUGUCAUAUUUUGAGAUAUCUUUUAGCUUCGAAUGCGUCAUACAUCAGUCUGUUAAUAGGCCAUAACAGUGACCUCCAGUUGUCUAAAUAGAUGUUGUUCCAUUUCUAAUCCAUCAGUCUGCUAACUGCUAAACGGUGCAUCUAUUUGUCUGAUGAUAUGAGAUGAUUCAGUGUUCCUUAAGGACUCAGUUCUUUAAUUAAUUAUCUUUCUUUGAUGGAUGCUCUGUCUGAUGUGGUUUAUUCAACCCUACAGGUGGUGAAUUUGAUCCGUGACCUGGACACAGACUUCUCCAUCUUAGGGAAGAACUACGUGAACAUCAUCCAGGUGUCAAGUCACCUGUUCGCCAUGAGCUCCGCCUGUUACAACCCUUUCAUUUAUGCCUCACUGCAUGACAAGUGCUUGUCCUGCCUGUGUGACUACUUCCUGUCCAGGAGGAGAAGCAGAGGAAAGGACAGAGGUCAAGGGUCAAGCAUUUUGACAAUGUCACACAGAGUGCAACGCCUUCACACCUCCACCAUUGUGGCAGAUUUGCCAGGUACUGUUGUGAAUAACUUCUGUCCUCAAGACAAUUAUGCUUAGAAAGUGGUUUUGGGUGUAAUUGCUUGGUUGCAUUCAGAUCUGAGGGAAAGAGAAAUUUGAAGCAAGAAUUCACAAACAUUAAAGUGCAAAGAGUCGGGGUGUACGGCUUUUUACAGCAGGUCAUAGUCACAAACAAAAAUAAGAAUUAAAAGAAGACCUGAAUAGUGUCUGUAAUGUACUUUUUCAUAAAUGUAGUAUAAAUAUUUAACUGUUUGGGUACAGAAACCUGUUUGACCUACAAAUGUACCUGAUAUCUGGAUUCAAUGGGAUGUUUUUUGGUAUAAAUAUGUGGAAAUUUAAAGCCUAUCAUCCAAUUUCCUGUACAUUCAUAUCAGAGUCUCUUUACACUCUUGCAUAAUACUCUUAUUUGCUAGGAAUUACUUAUUUACUUGCACCUUUUCUCUGUAGAAUUGGGCUAAUUACAUGUCUGUGUUGUAGUGUGAUAAUAUUGGAUUAAUUGAGCUGAAUGUUACCCAAUAAAUAGGUCAGCCAUUCAGUGACGUAAGAUGAAUAAAAACAUGAAUACUCGGUGGGAUUAUGAUUGGAUAAUGUAUUUUUCCUUCGUCAGUCACUAAUUGCUUUUCACUCUUCCUGCUUUGACAUUUAAUGAGUUUAAAGCAAUAUGCAAAAUUUGCAGUGUGUUUAAAUGUCAGCAGUUGAUCGUGAAAGCUAAAGAGUCAUUUUUGCUUCAGUGUCAUGUUUUGAAUAUAAAAUUGUGAAUAAAUCUGACGGGAUAUUUGAUGAAUGGAAAAAUAUCAGUUUAUGUAUUUGUAGGAUCAUUCCCUGUUUCUUAAUGACAAAUAAAUGCAAAUAAUGACCUGUUCUGACUGUAUCAGUUGAAUUUUAAAAGGAUGUUUAUGGGGUCUACUGCAUGCACUUAGUUUGAGUUUUCUUUCUUUCCUUUAGGCUGUUUGCUCCACGCAUAAGGAGGGUUCAGCCCUUGGAGUAGAUUAAGAGGAGCAAGUUGUUUUAAAGACAGAAGGAAGUAAAAAAAAAGCAGGAAAAUUGAGGUCUCUGAGAACUGUGCGAAUGAUGAAAUAAAUAAAGCUAUUUAAUAC